AUGAGUAAAAAAGCAUUAUUAAUCAGUAUUGAAGGAAUUGAUGGUAGUGGUAAAACUAGUCUUAUCCAAGAAUUAAAGCAAAAAAUUCCUAAUUCUUUUGUCACGCAAUCGCCCCGAGGAACCGAAUUAGGAAAAAAAUUUUUCCUUUUUACUGCUAAUCAUAACGAACAUGCAUUAACGGUAAUUAAACCUAAUUUAGCAGCCGGUAAAACUAUUUUAGUUGACCGCUAUAUUGACAGCACUUUCGUCUAUCAAGGCAUUAGAGGUAAGUUGCCUAUUGACAAAUUAAUUGAGGUCUGGGAAAAAACAGUCAAUAUUCCUUUUCCGGACCUUACUUUCGUGUUGGAUAUUGAACCAAAUAAAACUUCUGCAAGAGUAAAUAAAAGGCGACAAGAAACUGGUGAAGAACCAAAUAAUUGA